CGCCGUCGCCGAGCACCGAUUUCGCGCGGAUCGCCGACACGCACCCAAACGCGCAUGCGCGCGUUUGAGCACAUUUAUUAUACACAUAAUACACCGACGUAAACACACACACACACACACAUAUAAACGCGCGUGCGCUUAUUUUCGCGAAGCGCCGGUGUCGUCGCACCACCGCUGCCGGUCAGUGGUACCAUUUCUGUCGACGUCAGUCCACCACGAGACCACAACACGCAUUUGUCUUGUGUCACACAACUUGCACGUCUUUUUCACUCUGUCCAAAACAAAUUUACUUACAUAAACACUCAUAAAAAAACCCCGAAAAUACACACAUACACACACACAAUCCAUAUAUAUAUAUAUAUAUCUAUGUAUUUAUAUAUAUCAUAUACUUAGAAGUGUAUACUUAUUUAUGUAUAUGUAUGUAUGUAUGCAUUUAUAUAUGUGAAAAAAUAUUAUUGUUGUAAUAUUAUAUAGUCUCUGAAUUCCGACACGUUGUCUGUCGAACGAAAUAUUACUAAUCGAUCGUUAUCGGAUGAGAUCACUCGACGACGAGAAGUCGUGCGUACUCUGAGUGGUCAAGACAUAAAAUAAAAAUAUAAUACUAAAAAAGUAAUAAUAAAAAAAUUUGUGAUCAUCGUAAAAUUAUUACACUUUUGCCCAUAAGACGACGACAAGACAACAGACAAAAUUUUUGCCGGUUUCGGCAUCAAAGGGGGCUUUUGACGGGCCAUCCACCAGCGCCAACGUACGUAUUCCGCACUGGCAGAAUACACACGUGUUGGCACGUUUCCACGUUAUACACAUUCAUUGAGAACGUAUUUCAAAUAAAGAAUUUACGGGGCUUAUCAGGUUCUCAAACGGACUACUUAAAGAAAAAUUUAUAACUUAAGUUGUCUAAGAAGCAUUGAAGCAUAAUGGCGGCUUUUGUGGCAAAGCAAGUGGUCGGAAACAAAUUAAACGCCGUAAAAGGAGCAGUGGGCGAUGGCGGUGAAUCGGCCGAGGACAAAGAAAAAAACGCAGAAGCGGAGAGGGAACGAUUGGAGGCAAUCAGGGAGGCCGAGGAAAGACGCAAAGAGAAACACCGCAAGAUGGAGGAAGAACGGGAGAAAAUGAGACAAGAAAUCCGAGAUAAGUACAACAUUAAGAAGAAAGAAGAAUUACCCGAACCGGUACAAGAAGAGCCCGCCAAUCCGUUGAUGCGCAAAAAGAAAACGCCCGAAGAGUUGGCCAAAGAAGCAGAAAUGGAAGAAGAGGACGAAUUUACGAAGUUGAAGAAUACCAUCGAGACACAAGUGAAUGAACUCAAAUCUCAAAUUGAGAGCAAGUGCAGUCUUCAAUAAGAUGUGUUCAAAAAUGAUGCAGAACAAAUAAUAACCUAAUAAAUAUAUAUAAAAAAAAAAACGACAAUUUAAAAAUUAUAAGAAACCUAAAACAGCGUAAAUUUUCAACAAAAAAAAAAAAAAAAGAAAAAAUAUUGUGAUUCAAACCCAUUUAAAUAAUAUAUUAUUAUUAUAUAGAACAUUAUUAUAUUAUGAUACAAAAAUAUAUGUGUGCACGUGAUGCGUGCACACGUAUUUAUAAAUAUAUAUAUACUUAUAUAUAUAUUAUAAAUAUUAGGAUUUAAAAUAUUAUUAUUAUUGUUGUUGUUGUUAUUGUAUAACAUUUAUAAACGUCGAGUUAGAUUUUCAGCAGUUUUUAAAAUGAAAUCGAAGUAAAAUAUAUAUUGUUAAUUAUUGUGAAAAUAAAAAUUUAUAGAGCAAGUGAAGUAUUAGCACACGUCUUUUGAAUCUUUACUAUAUAAUAAUAAUAAUACAAAAAUAAAAUAUAUUAAUACGUAACAAUAUAUUAUCGUGUACACUGUACAUACGACGUCCGGUGUACGCGUUUACGCGCAUACGCCACACGUCAUGACGUACUUAAUAUAUAUUUUACAUACACGUUCUAACGUCUUUUUAUUUCAAGUUUUAACGACUUUCACUCGUUCAAUAUAAUAAUAUAAUAUUAUAUAGAUGUGUAUAAUAGUAGUUUGAGGUAUAGGGAGUACACAUAUACUGUCUUAAUAUAAUAUAUACGGGUUACGAUGUAAAAUAGAUAUAAUCGUGGUUUUUCGUCAUUUCAUUCAUCAUAACAAAUCAAAAAAUAAUAAUAAUAAUUCGAUAAAAUAAUUAUUUAAUAUUCUGUUAGUAUGGUUUUUUUUUUUACCUUGGGGAUCAAAUGUUUUUAUUGUUUUCUUUAUAGUAUUUAUUAUAUUUGUUUUCGAGGGACGACAAUAAUAAUAAAACAAAUAAAUAACAUAAAAAUAAACACAAUAAUUAUACCUCGUUAUUAGCCGUUCUCCGAAACACGGUAUCCCAUCAUUCUGAACAAUUAUUUAACGUUUACAUAAUAAUAUUAUAAUUAUAUUUUAUUUCGGUAAACAAUUAUUUUUGUAUUACUUUAGUUUAGUUUGGUUUUUGUUAAAAGGCCAACGUUUUUGUCAAUUAUGUUUAAUGCGUUCCGUUUCUCAUCAUUUCGUUUCGUCCUCCCAGCAGCACAAUACAUUGUCAUCGUUACAUACAUUAUUGUACCGUUAAAUUAUUAUUAUUACUAUUAUUACAACUAUACAUGUCAUAAUAUUAUUACAACGUUAUAAUAUACUUUUAUACCCUAUUUACUUAUAUUAUUAUACUCUAUUACUUAUUAUUAUUAUUUUUGUUAUACGUCACCAGUUUUAAAUCUCUUAUAUUAUUUGUACUUUUAUUUUAUUUUUUUAGAUUUAACUUUUUAGGUUACACUACGCGUUAUGAAUUUCAACCGGACCCAAGCUUUUACGUUUCGCUUGUUCUACGGGUUCUUUGUUUAUUGUGGACGUUUUAAAAAAAAAAAAUUAAAAUUAAAA